AUGGCAAAUACAAACACAAGCCAGGAGGCCGAAGAAUCUCUGUUGUAUUCAGCGCGCCACGGCGAAUUAGCUGUCGUAAAGGCCCUUUUAGAAGCGAAACACGAAGGCAAAUUGACUUUAAAUCUGAACUGUAAAGGAAAGAUAAGAGGCAACCUAGGAUGGACUCCGCUUCACCUAGCAACAUAUUUUGGCCACAAAGAGGUAGUGGUAGUACUACUGGAAGCUGGAGUUAAUGUCGAUGAAGUAAAUGAGGAUGGGGAUACUGCAUUACAUAAAGCAUCCUUUAUUGGCAAUGAGGAAUUGGUGAUUCUUCUCUUAAAUCAUAAUGCCGAUGUAAAUAUUAUGAAUGGUGAAGGGAAAACACCGUGUGAGGUAUCUAAAACACAAGAUGUGCAAAGAUUACUGGAGGCGGCUGAUAGAGCAAUGCGUCUGGAGAGGGAGAGGAAGCUGUUGAAUGCUGCUAAGGAUGGGCGAAUUGAAGAUGUGCAGGAAUUGUUGAGUGGCUCUAAUCCGCCCAACAUAAACUGCGUGGACGCCCAGGGGAAUUCUUGCCUCCACUGUGCGGCGUACCGGGGUCACGCUAGGGUAGCUGUUCUCUUACUGCAGAACGGCAUCGACACUACGCUCAAAAAUAAUGGUGGGCAACUAGCGAUAGAUAUAGCGAAGGACAAUGAUAUGCGCGAAGUACUUAGUGUUCGACCUGUGCAGAGGUUACAACGGACUGCGUCGAGGUUUGAGGGACCCUUGCUCAAGAAAUCUAGGUUUCUUGGAUGGAGACCAGUUUGGGCUGUACUUCAGCGCGGCGUUCUCCUGUACUAUGGUAAUCGGGCUGAGGCCGCCCGCGACAGUUCUCGCUGGAGAGAUAAAAAGUACAUGGACGCGGCGAAAUUGAAUGCACCGGACACUGAGCCUGCGCUCAUUGUAAUCAGUUUCAGCGAUGGAGAGACCCAUAGACUCGCUGUGCCGCCGGGGGAAAACGUCGCCGCUUGUCGACAGUCUUGGAUUACAGCUCUCAAGGAGCAUAUUGCAUAUUCUGGACAUUAUCUGUGGGCUGGAGCUGCUCCUGAUGCGGCAAGGGAAGCAACUGAAGACUUGGAAGAUGAAUGCAAACCGCUCGGUUCGAUGCAGGAUGCAUUAACGUCAGCCAAUAAUCACCUCGCGUUAAUGAAAACACAAUUAGGUGAAUGUGAGGUAAUUCUUCGGGCUUUAGACAAGACCACGCAGGGCAAUUCGCUACAAUAUUCCGCGUAUAUGCGCUUUCAGCACGUCUUCGGAUCUGGGCAUGCAGCGCUUCAAGCGCUACGACAUUGCACUGCGCUUGUAGCACAGACACGUGAUAGAGACGCCACUGCCUUAGCAAGAGAGGUGGAACGCAAUCGAGUGCUAGAGGAGGCGUUGGCAGCCCUAGCUAGAACACACCACGCAUUGGAAAUGUCAGUUGCUGAAGAACUUACUAAAAGCAAACGCAAGAAGAAAACGCCCCGAUCGCAACACGACUCAAAAGAGAAUUUCUUCGAUGUUUAUGACGAUUCAGAAGACGAUGAUGAUACUCUAGUGACAGCUGGGCUCUCCAGUCCUCUCGGAGCACUCAGUCCCUGGGGCAGUAGUCCAGACUUGACGAGGCGUACUCCUAUUGGUAGUGACAACGGUGACGUCACACCGACCAAUGAGAACCAAGAGUUGUUUGAGCGUCGCUUAUCCGGUUCUUUCACGUCCGGUUCCCCUCAGUCUCUGCAUACCGCUAUAAGCCCUUGCAGUUCCCGUGGGACUCUGGUUUCGCAGGACGGACACGUGUAUAGAAACGCGAGGACCUACAGAAAGAAUAAUAUACCCAGCUCGAAAUGGUCGCUUUAA